CCACACACAAUGCUUUCCCUUAUCCGUGCCACCAGAACCGCCUCCGUCUUCAAGCGGACCUACGCCUUAUCGGCCAAUGCCCAGGCCCUCAUUUCCAAGAGUGUCAGGGACGUCGACCCGGAAAUGGCCGACAUCCUCAACCAGGAGCGCGCCAGACAGAGAAACUCCAUCACGUUAAUUCCGUCUGAGAACUUCACCUCCAAGGCUGUCAUGGACCUCCUUGGCUCUGAGAUGCAGAACAAGUACUCUGAGGGGUACCCUGGCGAGAGAUACUACGGUGGUAACGAGAUCAUUGACAAGGCUGAGUCCUUGUGCCAGAAGCGUGCCCUUGAGUCCUUCGGGUUGGACCCUGCCGAAUGGGGCGUCAACGUGCAGCCAUUGUCCGGUGCGCCAGCCAACUUGUACGCUUACUCUGCCAUCAUGGAAGUAGGCGACCGCCUUAUGGGUCUUGACCUUCCACACGGUGGCCACUUGUCCCACGGUUACCAGACCCCUACCACCAAGAUCUCUUUCAUCUCCAAGUACUUCCAGACCAUGCCGUACAGAUUGAACGAGGAGACUGGUAUCAUCGACUAUGACACCCUCGAAGCAAAUGCGCUUUUGUUCAGACCAAAGGUUAUCGUUGCCGGGGCCUCUGCCUACUCUCGUGUCGUUGACUACGCCAGAAUGAGAAAAAUUGCCGACAAGGUCGGUGCCUACCUCAUGUCCGACAUGGCCCACAUUUCCGGGCUCGUCGCUGCUGGUGUCACCGAGUCGCCGUUCCCAUACUCCGACAUUGUCACCACCACUACCCACAAGUCGCUCAGAGGCCCAAGAGGUGCCAUGAUCUUCUUCAGAAAGGGCUUGAGAAGCACCACCAAGAAGGGCAAGGAGAUCUACUACGAUUUGGAAAGGAAGAUCAACUUCUCCGUCUUCCCAGCCCACCAGGGUGGCCCCCACAACCACACCAUCUCUGCCUUGGCCGUCGCCUUGAAGCAGACCACCACUCCAGAGUACAAGGAGUACCAGCAGAGCGUCAUCGAUAAUGCCAAGACCUUCGCCAACGCCUUGACCUCUAAGGGCUUUGAGUUGGUGUCUGGCGGCACCGACACUCACUUGAUCUUAAUCAACUUGAAGUCCAAGAAAAUUGACGGUGCCCGUGUCGAGGCUGUGUUGGAGAGAAUCAACAUUGCCGCUAACAAGAACACGGUUCCAGGCGACUCCUCUGCCUUGUUCCCAUCCGGUUUGCGUGUGGGUACCCCAGCCAUGACCACCAGAGGUUUUGGCAGCGCCGAGUUUGAGCAGGUUUCCGAGUACAUCCAAAGAGCCGUCGAUAUUGCCAUUGAGUUGAAGGCUCAGGAGCAGGGUAAGGUUGCCAAGGAGUUGUUGGCUUCCUUCAAGAGCCAGGCCGACGAAAGUGCCAAGGUCAAGGCCUUGGCUACCGAGGUGUCCAACUGGGUCUCCACCUUCCCAGUUCCAGGCGAUCUUUAGGGAGACGGAG